AUGACAGGCAAUGCUAAGCAAUGUCUAACUAAAAUUCUUAUCUAUGAGGUGGUACGGGGUAUGAAGAAGCUUCACCAAGCUCCACAAACCAGGGCUUUAUGUACGCUAGCUAGUAGAGUGUUUCAAGAUGGGCCAGUCCCCGAAUGGGUGGACACAGUCAAGCUGGCCAAACAUAACGAGCUUGCCCCAUAUGAUGAGAACUGGUUCUACACACGAGCUGCUUCCACAGCACGGCACCUGUACCUCCGAGGUGGUGCUGGGGUUGGUUCCAUGACCAAGAUCUAUGGAGGACGGCCGAGAAAUGGUGUCAGACCCAGCCACUUCAGCAGAGGCUCUAAGAGUGUGACCCGCCGGGUCCUUCAAGCCCUGGAGGGGUUGAAAAUGGUGGAAAAGGUCCAAGAUGGGGGCCACAAGCUAACACCUCAGGGACAGAGAGAUCUGGACAGGAUUUCUGGACAGGUGGCAGCUGCCAACAAGAAGCAUUAGAACAAAGGAUGCUGGGUUAAUAAAUUGCCUCAUUCAUA